AAUAUUUCAGUUUAUUAAGAUAUUUUGUGCCAGACAAAUGAUUGUGUCGCAGUGGUGGGAAAAUAUAAACAUACUUUAGUCUUCUUUUGAUAUCUGUGUAUUUUUGUGUAUUUCGUGCAUUCAAAGAAAAUGCCACCCGUUGAACUACAGGCAGCUAAUAUGUCAUUGGGGGCUAUGCAUUGCACCCGAUGUGCAGAGGGUUUUGAACCCAACGAAAAGAUAGUCAACUCUAACGGUGAACUAUGGCACACGCAAUGCUUUGUGUGCGCCCAAUGUUUUCGAGCUUUCCAAGAUGGCAUUUUCUAUGAAUUCGAGGGCCGCAAAUAUUGUGAACGUGAUUUUCAUGUGCUUUUUGCUCCUUGUUGUAAUAAAUGUGGUGAAUUUGUUAUUGGUCGUGUAAUCAAAGCGAUGUCAGCCAGUUGGCAUCCUCAGUGCUUCCGUUGUCAAAUGUGUGCCAAAGAGUUGGCCGAUUGCGGUUUCAUUCGCAAUCAAAAUCGUGCCCUAUGCCACGAAUGUAAUGCCAAAGUUAAGGCCGAAAUAACAGGACGUUAUGUUUGCCAAAAAUGCCAUGGCCUUAUUGAUGACGAGCCAUUACGUUUUCGGGGUGAAGUUUAUCAUGGUUAUCACUUCAAUUGCACAGCCUGCGGAGUUGAAUUGGAUUCAACAGCACGUGAAGUAAAAAGUCGCCCCGGUUUGGCAGCUAAUGAUAUGAAUGAAUUAUAUUGCCUGCGUUGUCAUGAUAAAAUGGGUAUACCGAUAUGCGGAGCUUGUCGUCGACCUAUUGAGGAACGUGUCGUUACUGCUUUAGGCAAACACUGGCAUGUUGAGCAUUUCGUUUGUGCUAAAUGUGAAAAACCAUUUUUGGGUCAUCGCCAUUACGAAAAACGUGGCUUGGCCUAUUGUGAGACUCACUAUCAUCAAUUAUUUGGAAAUCUAUGUUUUGUUUGCAAUCAAGUAAUAGCUGGGGAUGUUUUUACCGCCCUGAAUAAGGCUUGGUGUGUUCAUCAUUUUGCCUGCUCCGUGUGCGAUAACAAAAUGACACAGAAAUCGAAAUUUUAUGAAUACGACGAGAAGCCCGUUUGCAAGAAAUGCUAUGAACGUUUUCCCAGCGAAUUAAGAAAACGUUUACGCACUGCCCAUGAACUGACCAUGAAGAAAAAUGUUUAAAUGUUUAAAUUGUCGCCGACGUUAUUAACAAAAACCAACAAAAAAAAAACCAAUUAAUAGUCACGAAUGAAUGCCGCUAAGAAAGAAACCGUAGUGCCUUAAAAAUAAGUCUAAUUUACAGAAAAAUUAAUAAAAAAAAACAAAAGAAAAAUAGGAAUAUAUCCUUUUUAAGCGGUUCAACCCUGUCCUUCACAUUAGAAAAAGGAGGACUCAAAGAUGCUUUAUAAUGUUCAGUAACUCGAUUUUUUUUUCUUUUUUAGUUGGUCUUAUUUUCAUCUGUAUUUAAAUGUACGAAAAAAAAGAGUUUUGUGUCAAUUAGUUGUUUUAAACUAACCUCCAAAAUAGAUCUUUUGAUCUGUAGGCAAUAAAUAUAUAUUUU